AUGAUAAGUGGGGGCUCUAUUAUAGCUGCGGCUGUCACGGCGUUCUUCGAAACGCUACGAGAACCCUAUGAUAGCGUUUUUCGGGUGCUACUAAUACCGAUUUUUCUUGUAGUGGAGCAUAGGUUCAAGUACUUGUUUUUCUCGUUUGCUGCCUCUGUCAAGGGUUUUAAAUUCAUGAGGAGAGUUGUUGUUGUUGAUGGCACCUUCUUAAAAGGAAAAUUUAAGGGAGUUUUGCUAGUUGCAACUGCUCAGGAUGGUGAUUCUCAUGUGUAUCCUCUUGCAUUUGGGAUAGUUGAUGCUGAGAAUGAAGCAUUUUGGGAGUGGUUUUUCAACCGAUUGACAUCUAUUGUAACUGAUGAUGCUAGUUUAGUAGUGAUAUCUGACAGAUGUCUAGCCAUUGCAAAAGCAGUUGCAAAAGUGUAUCCAUUGGCUCAGCGUGGAAUAUGCACCUAUCAUCUACGAAAGAAUGUCAUCUCUCAGCCUGGAGGGAGAAAGAUUGCUCGCCUUGUGAAGACAGCCAUCAAAGCUUACACAACUGCAGAAUUUGACCUGAUUUUCAGUGAAAUACGACGUCAGAAUCAUAAGUUGAGCGUUUAUCUGGAGGAUGCGGAUGUUCACCUGUGGUCACGAGCUUACUUUCCUGGAGACAAAUACGACAUCACUACAAGCAAUGCAGCAGAAUCAAUAAAUGCGGCAUUUAAGAAACCACGUGAGCUCCCCAUUGUGUCGUUGAUUGAAGCAAUACGGAAUAGACUUACCCGCUGGUUUUUCGAACGUCGAGAAAGUGCUGCCAUGAUCAAAUCUUCUCUCACGCCUAAAGUUGAAAAGAAGCUAAAUAGAAGGUGUGAUUUGGCGGCUACUUUUGAUGUUCAGGCUAUAAAUCAACAUGAGUUUCAGGUUACUGAUGGGUCAUGA